UUAAUCACAUGUACUCUUUGGAGAAUGAAAAGACAAUUUUAACCCGUUAUCCACCAGAGAACUGACAUGCAGCAAGUAUCUUCUUAGGUCAUUCAUCCUCCCUGAGAGGUCUUCCCUGCUUUCUGGACCUCUCUCCUCUUCUCACAUUCCACCAGAGCUACUACACCAGUUUGCAAUGGCGUCAAGGAGACGUAGAAAGAGCUCUACUUCUGUACAAGACCUCGCUUCUUCCUCAGGAGACUGCACUGCAAAGUGUCGAGCGUUGGAACACGCACACGUGGUACACAGAGUAAUUGCUACUGGUAACCUUGAAUUACUAAAGCACUGUUCAACAAUAUGUGGCAACCCUUGGUAUAAGUGCGAUGAAGCUGGUCGCUCAACCCUACACGUUGCUGCUUCAACUGGAUCUUCAGAGAUAGCCCAAUGGCUACUGAGGAGGAAAGGAGCUAAAGAGAAACUGAUCAAUCUCACGGACAUUGACUCGAACUGGACUGCGUUGCAUCGUGCAGCAUAUUUCGGAUACCCUGGCAUAAUGGUGCCAUUAAUGAAGGCUGGAGAGAGUCUGGAGGCAUUAGAUAAAGAUGGGUGGUCACCGCUAAAUGUGCUACACUCAAACUAUGCUGAUAUACUACCAGGAGUUUCUGAGGUCUCUCUCUACUUGUGGGGUGGCAAUGUCAACAAUACGUUAGGACACGAUCGUAGCAAGUUAAAUCCUGAACCAGUUGAAGCUUACCCUGCUUUUGGAAAUGUAGAAAAAGUUGUACUGUGUAAGUUCCAUACAUUGAUACUGACCAAGAGAGGAGCUGUCUAUAGCUGUGGGCAUGGAACUGGUGGCAGACUAGGACAUGGCAAUGAAAAUACUGUCCUUUCUCCAAAGGUUAUUGAGGGAUUAUCUCAUUGUGUGUCUAUAGCAGCUGCUAGGAAUCACAGUGUCUUCCUCAAUAAAGAUGGGUCGGUGUAUACUUGUGGCAUUAAUGACGCUCAGCAGCUGGGCCAUGGUUCUAAGACAGGCUCUACUGUACUCUCUCCGUAUUUUGUUAAAUCUUUAAAGUCGAAGAGGAUUAGAUUAAUAGGUGCUGGGCGCUACCACACUGCCGUGGCUACUGCUAACGAGGUAUACAGCUUUGGUACAAGUUACGGGCAACUAGGGCAAACGAGAUCAAAUCCUAAUCCAAAGAUAAUUCCUGGUAUUACGUUGGAGCAAGGCGAUACUAUCGAUCAUCUCUCAGUCAGUGAUGCAGCCACUGCUUGGAUUACUAGCAAGAGACACCAGAUAUUCAUCUGUACCAAUCAUACAGUCCUCCGCUGUGAGAGGUAUAAUAACUUUCCCGAUACACUCUCUGUCCUUCAGUUUGCAGUUUGUGCUAGUCUCGGGGAACUGGAGCAUAAGAAGAAGAAAAAGGGCGUGUCAGAUCAUGAGACAGAUAGUGGGAGUGGCCUCAAGAUUGCACUACUGGACAGCGAACACAAGUUGUGGUUCAGUUAUUGCUCAGAUGCUACUGGUAAUAAGAAAGGUAUUACUCAUCCUCGUAUCAUUCCUGGAGCAACUAAAUACUCCGUUGCUCAUUUCUCACUAACAAAGAGUUUAACAAUAGCAACAACACAAGGAGAGGUUUACACAGGGCCUGUCACUCCUACGCCAUCGCUCACUGAACUAUCGCGAGUUCCUCUGAUACAGCAAGCAAAGAGAGUCUUCACUGACUUUAAAGCUACCAAUAUGGCAUACCUCCAGACAGUGUAUAGUCCUUUAGAGUUACCUAUUAUAGAGUCGUCGGCAUUCAAUGUUGAUGUGUAUAAUUUAUUAUCGGAAAUCAAUUUGCCUCAACCUGUAGCUGAUGUUCACUUUAAUGUUAAUGGCUCAGUCUAUACAGCCAAUUCUGUUGUUCUCUCUUCAAGCAGUAACGUAUUCUCAUCGCUAUUCUCAUCCAGACCCAUUCCUCCGUCGAUAAUACAAUCAUUUCAUUUCACUGACUCAAUCUGGCACUUGAACAUUAACCUCAAAUUCUCUUGUGACAUCUUCCAGUUGUUCCUCAUUUAUUUGUACGGCGGGAGGAUAAGACUAGAGCAGCCGUCGCAUCACUCGUCAUUCAUAGCCUCACCAGAAUCACUUAACACCACAAGCAAGUCCAGUCUCGACACGACCAGUGGCGAUGACACCAGCACCACCGACUGGAAUGUACUCUAUGACCAAUACGCUGGGGAUAAAAACUUCACUGACCAGUUAGAUGAACUCGUUUUGCCGGUUCUACCGGUUAAUACUAGCGAUCAUUCUCCCUCUGUGUAUGUGCAUAAGAGCUCGGCAGUCAAUAAGGACGUUGAGUCAUUGUUGGAGUUAGCUACUGCGUUUGAGGUAGCACCUCUGAUUGACAGGUUGACUUUCGGUUCAAGUGGUGGUAGUGUUAGAAGUCAAAGUGUGCUUGAGUUACAUCAGGAUGUAUUGCUAAAGCUUCACUCGUCUCCUCAUGAUGUUAUACUGGUAGCUACAGUAGAAGGGGACAAAGAGAUCAAGUGUCACAAGUGUAUACUAGUGGCACGCUCGGAUUAUUUUCAGAGCAUGUUGCUAAUGGGAUGGAGAGAAUCUUCUGCUCAAGGGACUGUAACUAAAUUAAAGCUUCCAGUAACGUCAGUUCAAUUGGAAAUUAUGGUACAUUAUUUGUACAAGGAUUGUGCUCCUAAAGUUUCAGAAUCUUCUUCUCCAGAUUUUGUAUGCUCUGCCCUAAUUGUUGCAGAUCAAUUCUUACUACCAAGAUUGAAAAGCAUCUGCGAGCAUUCACUGGCAAAAUGCUUAAAUAUCAAGAAUGUGGUAGACAUUAUGGAUUUCUCAAUUCAUUACAAUGCCGUCAAACUUCAGCUCUCUUGCCUUCAGUUUAUUUGCAAUAAUUUCCCUGUUUUACUUGAAGGCUCUUACCUAGAAUCACUCUCGUUGGCAACACUCGAUUUCAUCACUGACACAUACAGAGAAAUGUUUUCAAAUACAAGCAAAUAUGCUAUCAAAAUGAAAGAACUAACUGAGGAGGAGUUACCAGAGAGUUAUUUCUUAAGUAAAACUAUUGAUAUAUCUGAGAGUGAGGAUGAUACUAAAGAGAGGAUUAUUAAUGCCACACCCACUCGUUCCAAGUCUCCUACUGCUGAUACUCCCACGAGCUCUUCGCGUAAAAGGAAGAAAAGACGAUCAAACAGUGUCAGAGAUGAUAAAUGUCAAACUAUAUCCUCAGAAAGCAGUGGCUAUGUCACGUCAGAGAGCAACCACUUGACUCUCAGUAACACAGGACCUGCCAGCCCUCCACUCUCUCCCAAUGCAACUCUUAAUUUGUCCUUGCUGUCAAUUAAUAAUGAGUCUAUUGAAGAGGAUGACCCUCUCGUUAAUGAUACUAAUGAGUGUCCCAGUGACCUUGAUGUGUUGGUCAGUAAUGCUAGUGGGAGCUGGAAGAGAAGUGAAAGCUUACCUGACAAUUUUUCACUGAGAGAAAUAAUGGAAGAAGAGACAAGACAAGAAACAGCAAAGAAGAUCAAGAGGAGGCCUAUUACUAAGCCAAUCAAUAGUGCCUCGCAAAAAAUUCAAAAUAAUGCAAAGAGAAGUUCAAAUGAGUCUUUGGUUAGAAAUGAGAUACAGAAGAGCACUGUGCCAUGGUAAGCUGCUGCUGUGUGUAGUGUAUUCUCAUUGUCUUGUUGAUACAUAGAAUUAUGCAUGGU